AGAUUUCCUGUAAGUUUGUUUGAUGAAUUAUAUCAAUAAUCUGCUUUCAUUUGGUACAGAUGUUACGUCUUGUAGGUGAAGAACGGAGACAACAAAACGCGAGAUCAUCAACUAAACUCCCGAUGCCUCCCAAUUGGUGAAAUUAUAAUACUCAAUUCGAACUAUCAAGAGUAGUGGUGAUAGUGGUUUAUAGUGAACGCAAGCGGAGCUCAGUUUGCUCGCAAAACACAUUGCAGUCGUCCAUCCACCGCGACCGCUCUUCUCGCGCCUCCUCCUCCGUCGUUACAUAAGCCGUUACAUUGUACGAUGCGCUAGCCGUCCCGUCGAGUCGCAUCCUCAUCCUGUACACACAUCCUAGAAGUCUGCAAACAGGAUCCGGUGCGGUGGUCCUAGCUAGCACCAACGUUUCUUUCGUUUUCCGAGCGGAAUCCUUGCAGGUAUCGCGACUCCGGAGACAACAAAUACAGGUUUCUUUGACAGUAAGGUUCCACAGGGAAGCAGGCCAAGAUGGGCAAAUACAUGGCGAAAUUCGGCGGGAGGAUCAUGAAGGACUUCAAGCAGAAAGAGCUGUUGCCGCUGAAGGUGUUGUUCUUCGUGCAUAUGUCCACUCUACUGGUUUUGUAUCCGUACUUGACGAUCCACAUGAGAGAAUUAGGUAUAAACAUAGAAGAAACGGCUAUUAUGUCCGCUGUGACUCCGGUCAUCGGUAUCCUGAUGCCACCACUGGCAGGACUGUUGGCAGAUAAAAUAGGAAAUUUUAGGUUAAUGUUGGCCCUAUUCUCAGUAUUCAGCGGUCUCUCGGCCCUUCUCCUCCUUCUAGUUCCUAUAGGUAGGAUCACCCUGACCUACCCAAACGACGUUGUAUUAGGCUUGAACUGCGACUCAAAUCCCGCACUGUCGCUAUCCAAUGAGUUUCCUUGCGACUGGAUUAAUAACAAUACACAGAAAGUAGAUUUAGCGAUUCAAUCCUGCGGCUACAUAUGUAACGCCUACCUGGACCCGGACGAUGAUGAAUCCGUAUUUCGAUCUAUGCAUUACGACAUUACCAUGUUCGAUUUGGUUGCAAAUAAAAGCAAAUCGUUACGGUAUACUACGAACUCCACGGAUUACUUUGAUCCUACCGCGAACGACCCAUUGACUAAUCACAAAAAGUUGACCAACAAUGAGCAUUAUACUACGGCGAUACGGAAGCUGUCGCAGAACGGAUACUACUUCCCCACGCCCGCUCUUUUCAAUUUCUACUGCGAGGAUCAAGAAGAUGGGUAUUCAUGUUUGCUAGGAAAUAAGAACCAACUGGAAAAGAUCAAGUCUUUUAACAAUAUUAAAGCGCGCGUGGAUCUAAGAAACGAAAGCAAUGACGAUAUUAUCGAAAACAAACGGGUGUACGAUAUAAUACACCUCGGGGACGAUACAUUGUCAAACGUGUCUUGUGCUACUGGUGAUAAGGGCGAGUACGUAAGCGUUCAGUUGGCUUUGAUGGAUAGGAAUGGUAGUGUAUAUAAGAACCUGGAGAUGGGAAGCUGCGCGACCAAGUGUUUAGCUACCAGCGACAGAUCUAAUUUCUGUUCGAAUAAGAAUACUGUCGUCGAAGUCGACGUGAAUGUGACCUUCUGGUCGUAUUUGGCGGUGCGAGUGUUCAUCGGCAUCAUCGGAGGCACGGCCUACACCAUGUUCGAAGGCGCAGUGAUUGCGAUUUUGCGGGAAUACAAAGCUGAUUACGGACUGCAAAGGAUGUACGCUUCACUAGGUGGUAUGAUCAGCUCGCCAUUGGCAGGAUUGUUAAUCGACUACGCCAGCCAAGGCAAAGGCUACACAGACUAUAGGCCAGUAUUCUUUCUAUAUGCUGCAUUGAAGAUCAUCAGCGCAGCUCUGAUGAUGCUCAUUAAUUUGGAAUUCAAGACACCAGCCACGAGUGUCGUAGCCGAUGUUAUGUCCGUUAUGAAUAUCGAAUUGAUUUCGCUCUUCGUUGCCGCUUUCCUAUUGGGUUCAUCUUGGGGUUACAUCGAAAAUUACUUAUUCUGGCUGCUUCAAGAUCUUGGCGGGACCAAGUCGCUGAUGGGAUUGACCAUAACGGUUGGGGGAAUUCUAGGAAUACCGUUGCUGGCACUCUCCGGACCGCUAAUUAAGAAGAUCGGCCAUGCCAACAUCAUCUUCAUAGGUUUCCUAACAUACGCAGUCAGAUUAUUCGGGUAUUCUAUUAUUUACAAUCCAUGGUUGUCGUUGAUUUUCGAGGCACUGGAAUGCUUGACCCAUUCGCUAUGCUUCACAGCUGCUGUAACGUACGCAGCUAGACUAUCUUCUGUAACAACUGACACGACUAUCCAGGGCAUUCUUGGUGGAUUAUUCUAUGGCGUUGGAAAGAGCGCUGGAAGCCUGGUCGGUGGUUACCUAAUCAAAUAUUAUGGCAUGCGAGGAACAUUUCAGAUAUUUGCAGCGGUAUCCGCGUUCACCGCUUUCGUGUAUCUGGCUUUCUUCCAUAUUUACAUGAAGAAGAGAUCAGGUCUAGUCAAUCAACAGGACGCGUUCAAAGACUACAGCAAGAAGGAAAAAGAAAUUAAUGCCAUCGAAAAGAUGUCCGUGCCGUACGAGGUGAGCCUGACGAAUCUCGGCUUUGAAGAAACCGAGACAAAGUCGACAGAUGAUAAAGCCAAAACUGAAGUCUCCAAGGAAUCCGUUUAAAGGAUUGUUUGUUGUAGCUAUGUAUUUUAUUAUUAACUAUAUUUUUUUAAAUGAAAAUUAGUGAUCUCAGUUGU